GGCAAUUUGUGGUCAAAAUAAGGCAGCUCAAACAAGGACAGGGUACAUAGGUAACUUCACGUUAAAUCCUCGUGAAACGAUUACAAUAAAUCUGCGUCGUCGGUUCGCUCUCUUUUAUUCACUCGUCUCCGAAACUCAAAAUUCAACGGAAAAGAAGUACAAGAAGAGAGAAGAGAUGACGAGCAAGAUUCUGGUGAUCGGGGCGACAGGCUACAUAGGAAAAGUCUUCGUGGAGGGAAGCGUCAAGUCUGGCCGCACCACUUUCGCUCUGGUCAGAGAAUCCUCUCUCACCGAUCCCGUUAAGGCCAAACUAGUCCAGAGUUUCAAAGAUCUUGGCGUAACCAUACUCUACGGAAGUUUAAACGAGAAAGAGAGCUUGGUCAAAGCGAUCAAACAAGUAGAUGUCGUGAUUUCUGCCCUUGGUCGAACUCAGAUUCUAGAUCAGGUCAAUAUCAUCGACGCCAUCAAAGAAGCUGGAAAUGUCAAGAGAUUCUUACCUUCGGAAUUUGGCAACGACGUGGACCGUACGGUGGCCAUCGAGCCUACGCUAUCGGAAUUCAUCAUGAAAGCUCAGAUACGGCGUGCCAUAGAAGCCGCGGAGAUACCUUAUACGUAUGUUGUCACAGGUUGCUUUGCUGGCUUUUUCAUGCCUAGUUUGGGCCAAUGCCACUUGCGACUCAGAACCCCUCCUACUGACAAAGUUUUCAUCUACGACAGUGGCGAUGCUAAAGCUAUUAUCAACACUGAAGAAGACAUCGUUGCGUAUACAAUGAAAGCUGUUGAUGACCCGAGAACACUUAACAAGAUUCUCUACGUCCAUCCACCCAAGAACAUUGUCUCGCAGAACGAUAUGGUCAGCUUGUGGGAGGGAAAGAUCGGUAAGACUCUGGAGAAGACUUAUGUUUCAGAGGAAGAACUUCUCAAAAGCAUCCAAGAGGCUCAGCAUCCAAUGGACUUUGUGAUGGGUUUGAUCCAUGCAGUACUUGUGCAAGGUGAUCUCACCUCCUUCACUAUAGAUCCUUCUGUUGGAGUGGAGGCUUCCGAGCUUUACCCCGAUGUCAAGUACACCAGCGUGGAUGAGUUUCUCAACCAGUUUGUUUGAGAACAAACAACACCCUUUAUGAGUUGCAUGUACUAUUUCAAUAAUCUGAGAUACGAUUCAUUCGAAUUUUAGACGCUAAUCUUAUCUCAAAAGAGGCUUAUUA